AUGAUGCAGACAACCUCGGCGUCGUGCCUACUAGCUUCGGAGAACCAUGACAUCGAUCACGGUGUUGCGCAACUCGGCGAGCCGCUGACAGCCCCAUGCAAAAUUUGCCUCCACGACCGACCUCUCGAGCGUGCUUACCAAUGCCCGCACUGCGACGCCCAUUUCUGCUACGACUGCUUCCAUUUGUACUUGACAAACAAGAUUGAGAACGGCGACAUCGCGCCGCACCAACUCGUGUGUCCAGGCGAUUGCCGGCAACCAGUGCCGCGCCACGUUCUCGCACGAGUCGUGUCAGCGAGCCAUCUCCAAAAGUACGUUCGCUUUCUCGAAGCGUACGAGCUCCGUCAGCGCGGUCAUCGGUACUGCCCGCGGCCGCAGUGCGGCCAGCUGCUGCCGACGUCAACCUCCCACAAGACCAAGCCCAAGCGCCGCAUCGACUGCCCGAGUUGCCUCCAGUCGUCGUGUCGCGACUGCGGCGGCGACUACCACCGGUGGUCGCGCUGUGACCACGCGUACACGGUGUGGUGCGAGAAGAACGGCGCGCAACGCUGCCCAUGGUGCUCGACCAUGAUUGAAAAGGUCGACGGCUGUAGCAGCAUGGAGUGCGCGUAUUGUCGCUUUGAGUUUUGCUGGCGGUGUCGCGUGGACCUGGACGACCAUAACACCGCGCUGUGCUCGCUGCGCGCGAUUGCACGCUCCGAGCACCGGUACUUUGGUCCAGUGGCGCCCGUCCGCUUUGUGACCAAGACAGUCGCCGGUGUCGUGACUGCGGGCGCCACCAUUGUUGUGAUCGCCGUCGCGGCGCCACCUCUCGCUAUCCUUUACGCCGGCUGCCAGAUCUGUUAUGGCCACGGCAUCCCGAUCUUUGGAACAUGA